CCACCUAGGCUUUGUUGACAACGAGGCUGUGGAGUCAGCUCAGGAAGUGAGCGAGGGUUAUCGUGUACCGGCGUUAUAAUCGGCUUCAAUCUAGCAAAAGUACACGAUGAGGACCCAAAUCCUUCAUUUGUUUUUGGUCUCAAUAUUCGUUUCUGUGCUGUGCAAAGUGAAUCAGGACACUAUCAAUGCAGGAAUUGUGAAUAGCAAGGUUGAAAGGAAGAUAGACAUCGCAAGCCAUUUAGUAAAAAUUAUUGCCACCGUGACGAUAGAAAAUAAGGGAUCAUCGUCCGUGUCAUCUUUUGUAUAUGCAGUAGAUUCAAGUUUGAAGAGCAAAUUGUCUUUUAUCGGUGCUGUGACAAGGGUGGAUGACGCCAAGGAAAGGCUCGCUGUAUCUCAGACCACAGUGGCUGGCCAGGAUGGCAAGUCUCUGUGGCGUGUGACGCUCGGCCAGGCCCUGGGUGCCGGCAAGAGUGUGACAGUGGAUGUUGAGACCGUGUUUGCUCACGCCCUGCGAGCCUACCCUGCUUUAAUCACCCAGGCGGAGAAACAGCUGGUGGUCCUGGAGGCCAACGUGUUCUUCUACUCCCCUUACAAGACCUUGACCCAGACGACCACCGUGGUGACCACGUCCUCCACCACGGAGUCCUACACCAAGAGCCCCAAGCCUGUGUCCCAAAGUGACAAUGUCAUCACAUACGGCCCCUAUGAAGAAAGAGAACCUUUUACAGAGGCCGAACUGAAGGUCCAUGAAGAAAACAAUUCCCCAUUCCUGACUGUGACAAGCAUGGAGCGUAUAGUUGAAGUGUCACACUGGGGCAACAUCGCCGUGGAGGAGCACAUAGACAUGCUGCACUCAGGGGCCGUCCUCAAGGGGCCAUUCUCCCGCUUCGACUACCAGAGGAAUCAGGACGGAGUGUCCUCCAUCAAGAGCUUCAAGACGUUCCUUCCAGCCGCUGCACGAGACGUCUACUACCGCGACGAGAUUGGAAACAUCUCCACGAGCAAUGUCAGAGAAUCUGAUGAAUUUGUUGAGUUUGAGAUUCGUCCCCGAUUCCCACUGUUUGGAGGCUGGAAGACUCACUACUACAUCGGCUAUAAUGUUCCUAGCUAUGAGUACCUCUACAAUAAAGGUGACAAGUAUGCCUUAAAGAUGCGUCUGGUUGACCAUGUAUACGAUGACAUGAUUGUAGAUGAACUCACCGUCAGGAUUAUUCUACCCGAGGGCGCCCAGAACAUUGACUUGAAAACACCCUAUGAUGUCAAGAAGGGCAGCGAGGGUCUCCACUUCACAUACCUGGACACAGUCGGCCGUCCUGUCAUCGUCCUUCACAAGGACAGGCUCGUGGAGCAGCACAUCCAGAACAUGGAGGUACACUACACCUUCCAGAAGAUGCGACUGCUUCAGGAGCCCCUGCUGGUGGUCGGAGCGUUCUACCUCCUCUUCCUUCUCGUCAUCAUCUACGUCAGGCUGGAUUUCUCCAUCACCAAGGAUGAAGCCAAGGAGAGCCGCAUGCGAGUGGCCAGUCUGCUGGAGGAGGUCCAGAGUGCCCAGGACAAACGCAGCGCCCUCUAUCAGAGCUAUGAUGAUGCCAUCAACAAGUUCAAGAGCAGCAAGGACAGCAGUGCAUUCACCAGUAGCCGCAAGAAGAUUGACAGCGACUACAAACAGCUGACGCAGCAGAUUCAGAAUCUUCAGACACAGUUGAAGAACGAGGGGUCUGAGGCCUCUGAAAAGGUGGGGGAGCUGCAGCGACUUGACACCCAGUACAAGGAGCAGAUCAAUCUGGCCAUCACCUACGCCGAACGUCUUGUUGCCAACAAGAUCGGCCGCCAGCCGUACCUUGAUGCCGAGUCCGGAACAUCCGCCAAGAGAGAAGACAUUUACCAGAAAAUGGAAAGCUUAAGGGCUAAUCUGUAAAAGCUGGUGGCCUCAACUCAAUGCAGCUUUUAUUGACAGUGUUAUUGAUGGUCAUCAUUCAUUUGUUCAACUUACAUUUUGAGUAUGUAUUAUCAACAAUCAUAUUUAGGACGAAUAAAUUAAUGUUGUAAUAAA